UUGCUUAAAGUAGAAACACAAAAAACCGACUGCAAUAUAUUUUAAUAAAGGAAACACAAAGAAUAUUUAUACAAUUAUUUAGGCAGAUUAAUUGGGCAUUCCUUUAGAUACGAAAAUGCUUUGAUUCUCAACGCAAAAUCACAAAAAUCGAAAUAUUCGAUAUUGCCUGUCACUCUAUUGUCCCGUGGAUGGCUACCCUAACAAGGAAUAGAAUAUAAAAUGUCAAGUUGACGCACGCAUGUAUUUUAAUCAAGUGCCUUCCACGAGCUUAUUUUGUAAACGCGUCUGUAGAAACGUGGAAAAAGUGCAAGAGAUUCGAUCGAUGAGCGAUUACGUGUAAAAUAAAAUGUAUCGUCACAAGGCGAUAACGAGUAACGGCAUGAAUCAUCGUGGACAUGUGCCGCAUUUUGGAUGCGUAAUCGUAUUUAUGAAUGGAAAGAGCUUCUCUCCCCAACGAGAUAUCGCAUUUUCUUCAUUGACUCGGCUCACAUAAGAGAACGCAUUCGGUUGCCUGGUAAUUCAGUUAAUCAUCCCUAGCAUUGUCACAGGACUCGAUUAUCUAUCGAUCGAAAAGUUCGGGAAGAAUACGCUUAUUUCCCAACUGAUCGUGGAAGCUGAAAGUUUCUACAAAAACGUUGCAAUUAUCAGCAGAUCUGCCGACUGCCCGCUCUCGUUGCCGGCGAGAGAUUUUCGUACAAUUAAUUACGCCAAUGAAAUUUCAAUCUGACAUCGCCGUAGGUCGCAAUCGAAGACGGCACAGCAGGUCGAGUCUGCGGAAAGAGGAGGCGCCGACCUUCGGGGAUGGAGGCGUGCUCGCCGCCGAUGGGCGUUGCUUCGCGGACGAGGCGGUGCGCGUUUACCCCAUUCUGGGCAAACCUGCGGCGGGGCCACGGCCGUCCAAGCCCAUAGUCCGCAGUCACAAUUCGGUCGUUCAGCGGUGCGGACGUCACACCGCUUUGCGUCGCGUUUAAAUUUCGAUCACCGGAAGUGCGAUUCGGCACCUCCGGCUGAACAUUCGAGCCGGUACAUCCCGUUUUCCCGGGUACUCGCCGAACGCGCUGGUUCCCGGCGAUCGGCGAACGCCCGAGAUCCAACCCUGGGCGCUUGGACCGCGCCUGCCGAGGAAACUGUCGUUCGUUCGCUCCGAUAAUCACCGGAGCGGGGUGAAAUUGUGGUUACGACACUGUGACACUAUCCGCGGGUGUGCGUUGCUCCUUGAGAGAACAGUUUUUCCCGAAAGGAGCCGCUCGGCGAAGCGCAACUUUAAGCUACGCCCGGCCGGCGCGGCGCCUGUAUUAAAGGGAGAUAUGCCCGAAGCAGCGACGGCAAUCGACUGACAGCCGCUCCGCGGAACUGGAGCCGCUUCGGAGCGGACUGGUGACCUAUGUUCGAGUGAUAAUCUAAUAUCGUCGUCCGGUGACGAGAUGCAAAGUCGCCAGGACGAAUCCAUGUAGAUCGUCGCGUGAGAAGCGGACUCUCGGGCGGGUGGCUGGUGCGAAAUGUAGCUUGCGAGACAUCCUCCGCGCUUCCGCGAACGGAAGACGGCGAUCGGUUUGUUGAUUCUCUCCUAUAUUGAGGAGGAUCGACCCAAACACGCUGGUCUCUCGUCCUCGCGUUCGUUCACUGAGUACCGGGGCCCCCGGUGCGAUACCCAGGGCUCGGCAGGCUUCUACCGGCGCUAGAACAGAAACGUCGGGAAAAACGUCCGCGACGCUUCCGUGAUGUGCCUGUGAAUUGGAUACUGGGAAAAAGGACUCCUCUUCCCGUCGCAUCAGGAUGACGAAACGCUGUCUGCCGGACGCGUUCGACUAGUCGUCACAGUGGAGUUCUGCUUAAUCGCAGCCUCGGGAGGGGGUGGUUCGAUGUUGGUCCCUCCCGUGGCCCAAAGUGGGACCGGGGAUCGUCCCGUGGGGGACACGGUGGCACGGACUCAGCAGACAACCGGCCCCGCUGCCGCUACGACGACCCUAUGGCCUUUAGCACCUGCGCAGCCCAAUCAGGUUCCCAAUCAACAGUCCCAGGGUAUACCACCUCUGGCCGCUACGCCUGCGCCCGCUCACAAUCAAGGUGCGAACCGCUACGGACUGUACUCGUUAUUCCCAGGGGGUGGCGGGGGCAGUUACGUCGCCGCCACCCCCGCCACCCCCGAGCAACCGAUGCCAGCACGGGCUUAUCACGCGACGCACAAGGAACGGACAAUUUCAGAGAGCGUGUUUUCCGCGGCGGUCGGGGUUGGGAUGGGUGGCUACACCUGGGGCGCUCCCACGCCCCCGCCGGGAUCGCCCUAUAGCCCUGUGCCCGUGACACAGCUGGAGCUGCUGGCGAAAAAUUUGGCGAACCUGGCGCCUGCAGCCGCCACAGGCCAGCAGGCCCUGAGCCUGCAGGGUGUCGGCGUUAACGUGGCGGGUAGUUUGCAUCACGCCCAGCAUACGCAACACACGCAGCACACUCUCAAUCUCACCGGAAUUCAUCAUCUGCAUCACGGUGGUCUCCAUCAGAACACGUUCUCGCCUCAGCUGUCGCUAGUAACCGGCAGCGCACCGACGUUGACCAUCAACAGCUUCUCGUCGCCCAACUCGACCAACGGCAUCGCGCCGACGACGGGUGUCCUCCUGCAGGAAUAUCAGCCGCCAAUAGGCGCGACAGCGGCGGCGACAGGAUGUACCGUCACCAUGAACGGCUCGUCCUGUCUGACCAACACCAGCAGCUCGACCAGCAGCAUGAUGAUGCACGGUGGUAUCGGCGGCGGUGGCAACCAGGCGACCGGCAACCAGAUCGCCGUUCAAACCACCGCCACGAAGAAACGGGAGGCUUUCCUCUCCAGUCAAGGCCAACCGGUGAAGCUGGAGAACAAAUCGAGCAGGACGUCGUGCCUCUGCAGGAACAGCAACGGGAAGACAAAGAUGGUGCAUUCAGAUGUGGGAUGCAGUAGGACACUACCUGUCGUCUCGUCCUGGAACGGGCAGGACAGCAGCGCCGGUCUUAGCAACAGCAGUGCUAGCCUGACCGUAAAAAGGGAACCUUUGGCUUCGGUGCCCUGUCAGGUCGCAGAAGUUUCCACGUCUCUUCAUGCCACCACCACCUCCGUCAAGAUUGAGCCCGUUCCACCGAAGACCGAGAAUGGGAUAGCAGUCUCUAAUGCGGGAACCGGUGGCAUACCGGUUGGCAUUGCUGUGGCGAGGCAGCGAUUGCAACAUCAAGAGACUUCGACGUCUAUGCGCAAUGUGUCCUUAAGUCAUCACACGUCGCAUCACGCGACAAGCUAUCAUCAUUUCCAACCGGACAGCCUGGGUUCCAGCACGGCCAUGGCGGUAGGCGGCACUACCCUGGUGCACUGCGGAGGGCCUGGAGGGGAGGAUCGUGCGGCCCACCUCGCUGCCAUUCCCUCCGGGGCUCUCGCGCCCUCGCUGAGCCUGAAUUCCAGUCUGAAUUCCAGCCUGAAUUCCACCCUGGGCAGCAUCGGUGGCGGACCGGCAGCCGCGACCGAUCCGGCCGCCGCUGCUUGGCCGCCCACACUGUGGCAGUAUCAUCCGGCUACGGCGGCCGCAGCGAUGCCAACGGAGCCGGUCGGCUUUCCGCAGAUGGGUUCUGGGCUGCAAGGUGGAUUACAGUUAGUCCGUGAUCCAACGACCGGACACAUUCUCCUUAUUCACUCUGCGGAACCAAUGCAGCAGGCGCUCGUGUGGCCGAACUACUCGAGCCACAACAGCGCCGUUGCACCGCCGCCGCUCCUAUUGCCACCGCCUCCACCCUCGAUACAGCUUCUGGGUGAUAUCGGCGGCGCGCGAUUAGUGCUGACUGAGAACAAAAGGAAACAACAAAGCACGCUGCCGAUAGUAAAGAUUGAGACGGAAUGCAGCAACAGUCCAACAACCAUAAUCACGUCCACCGAGUCGUCGAAAACCGCCUUGCAAACCAUGACGUCCAUGACGGGCGCUUUAGUACCGGACGCAGCCCUGGUUACCACGCUGCAUUAUUACCCUCAAGCGCCGGCGCUGGUGCAAAUCAGCCAGGCCGAGCCUACUACUACGCACUGCAGGUCACAGGCCACGUCGCCGGUUUCGUGUCUGACACCACCCCCGGAAAUACCGGUGGCGGUUCAUGCGAUCGAGCCAUCGUCAUUCGGGGUUCAGGACGCCUCAAAUCAAACCGACGCGCCCGAGGAUACUGAAGAAAAGCAGGAAGCUCUCGUGAAGCAGGAGCAGAAUCUGAGUCCCUGUCAAGUCGCGCCUCAAUCUACGGGGACGAAUCUAGCCGCCGCCAAUUUCGAGAUUGUACCAUCACCGACGGAGAGGAUCUGCAACGUCGUCAGAAUCACGACAACUACGACUACGGUAAACCCGACCGUAUGCGGAAUCGUAGCCAAGGUGGACAAGGCGGAGAACACGAUCAUCAACAUGGCCGAUUGCGCCAAGUACUCGGCGAAAGAUGGAAGAGCUCCCGUGAAGGCGAUUGAGCACGAUACUCGUGUCGACGAGGAAGUUUGCAAAGAUGACAAGAUGAUGCCUAUCUGCAGCAGGGGCAGCAGGCUCGGUGCUAGGAUCAUCGAGAUUACCGAAGAGAACUGUGAUAGCUUCCAUGAGAAUCUGGAGUUCUUCGCAAGGAGAAGAGACAUCGGUGCCGAUCAACGUGAUCAUCGAGAUGAUUAUUCUAAGGACGAGGAGAAGGCUCUCGUGCAAGAGCCUAGUACCGAGGAAAAGGAGGUCGAAUCGAAGCUCGAUGCCUCGGACAACAUUGAAAUUCGCCGUCAAACAUGCCCUAAAAUACUAGAACCGCCAAUCGUCAAUGAAACAAAGUCAAACAUUGCCGAUUCGACAGAGUCGUCAAGAGUCAAUUGCGAGAGCUGCGACAAAAACCGAAAUACCUCAACCAGCGAAACCCGGCCUCAAAUUACAGUUAAGUCUUUCGACAUGCCUAAUAUCGAUUGCGACGAUCAAGAGGUGCAACAAGUAGCUAUCAAACAAGAGGCCGAUGACAGUUGCUACGAGGUAUGCUACGACUCGUCUCAAUGCGAGCCAACGUCUACUAGCGAGAAAUCCAGAUCUAGCUGCGAGAAAUCGUCGCAGGAAGCAACGAAAAGGCACUCGGUGGAGAAGACUCACCAUCCGGGUAUCGAGAACGUGGUGGAAAAACUGAAGAAAAAUGCGGCGGCUCUGCAGGAAGCCGCGCUGCCUAACACGCAAAAAAUCGAGGAAUCCGUGGAAAGAUCGAACGUCGAGAAUGUUAAGCCGCGGAGAUAUUCCGAAACGAUACCGAAGAAGAUGCAUCUUUUAAGAUCGUGCCAAAACUCGUCGGAGAGCACAAUCGACACGGAGAUCUCUUCCUCGCAAACCGCGAUGUCGGAGCAACAUAUUAAUGACCAAUCGGGACGGCAUUCGCCUCAAAACGACAGGCACUUGGCCACUAGCGACAUGUCCGGCGAGUACCUGCUUAACGAGAACAAUAACGACAGCAGAAGCAACAACAAUAAUAUCAAGGCGCUCGAGGAGAAGAAACUGCUAGCGAAAAAUGAGAAGAAUGUCUCCCAUGAUAUUAUUACCGCUUACGUUAAGCCUAAGACUGUUUGGCGAUGCGAGGUACAGCCACUCGGGAAGCCCAACGUAACUCGUAAAUCCGAUCUCGUCGAAGACGACGCAUCUUCGGAGGCAAAAUCUAGAAUACCGAAGCAAAAGCCAGCCAUUGAUGUGAGCGGUCUUGAAUUGCUGUCGAAUAGCAUUGAACAAUUAGAACAACGAGUCGGCCAACCGGAACAUCUGCAACUAGACACGGACGUCGAGAAGUCACCUGUUAAAAGCAAACUUAUAAGUCAACAGAGCGAGAGCAAUAAUAACAACGUCGGCAGUCCUCUUGGAUUGCUCUGUGCACUGGCCGAACAGAUUAUGGAGGUGGGCGAUAAGGUACCCCGAAAAUUAAACCUCGAAAGCUCGGAAGAGAUCUCGCACGCCGGUAGAUUACUGUUGAAUCUGGGCAGAAGCGGCUCUCUAGAAAAAGACGAAAACAAAAGGAUAUAUACUGAAGCUGACGAUCGCCGUUCCAAACGAUUCAAGAGCACCGAUUGCGAAGAAGAAACGAAGAAUGAGUCGCUGAAGCAUCACGAGAAAGAUAUCGAAGAACGGACGAUAGAAGUUAACGGGGGAAAACAAGAAAAUGCUCUGAAUGUCAAUAAUUUCUCUGAGAAAGAAAUUAAUAAAAUCACUGAUAAAAAAACUAUCGACUCAGAAGAACAACCCCUUAAUAGAGCCGAUGAAGAUUGUUAUUCAACUAACACAAAGGCUGUUCAAAACGUUCAAGUUCUCUCGGAUAAAACACCUGAUAAUCUGCAAAGUAAUGACGCGCUUUACGAUACGAUCGUAAAAGAGGACAACCUGUCGGAUUCGGAGGGCGAAAUAUUCGAGUCAAAAGUUCUGUCUGAACAGCCAACGAGCUGUGAAAUUAGAAAUAACAAGCGUAAAAUAUCCGUCGAAGAGAGAGACACCCACGACUACAAAAACGCUCGAACAAAGUUAGAGGCGAAGAAGUUCAUAGCCAGGAAAGGAAAUCGCGAUAACGAGGACGACUGGCCAAGCAUGAACGCCACAGAACUUGACAUGAGAGUCAAGAUGGCCGACAUUCAGAGACAAUACAGAGAAAAACAGAAGGAGCUUUCCAAGUUGAUUCCUAAGAAGGAUGACAAGAAGAACUCUGGCAGACCGCGAAAAAAGAGUCAUUCUUCCACUAGUUCUGAUCAUGGGAUGAUAUCAUCGCCACCCGCGCUAGAUCUUGUGACCUCUCCGUCGCCCUCGAGAUCACCAGAACCUGACGCACCUUCACCGUUAGCCUCAGCUGUUCUGACCAUGCCGAAGUGCAACGUAAAUCUCGUGAAACUUAGCGAGCCCAGAAGCCAUAUAAAACUUUUGGAUAGUAUACCGAGUAUUCCGAUACCAGUACCGCCUGUGACAUCGCCGAUCCCAGUAUUACCUGGUUCCAGCAAAGCAACUCCGGAGGAUGACGAGAAAAGUACGGGAACGGUGGGUUAUGACACGUCGUCGCCAGCACCGACCGUCGCAAGUUCGACUUCCGCUUCGAAAAAGAGGAAAGUGGGACGACCGCGAAAACUCACGUGCACCUCAGGUAGCGUUAGACAUUUGACGGAAACAAUCGUCGCUAAAAAACCUAAGAGUAAGAGUUCUCUAGUGGGUUACGUACUAUCCUCGAAGAGCAGACACUUACAAACGAAGCAAUGCAUAAAUAAUAAAACCGGCUACACUCCGUUGCCGUUCAAAACGAGAGUCUCUUCCCCGAAGCCACAAACUAAGGUGCAAAAAGUUACGAAAAUGAAGGCAAAGCCGGCAAAGCAAACUCCGCUGCACAACAAAAACGUGAUCAGCUCGAUUAUCGCCGAAAAAGCGAAACUAAGUCAAGAGGUAAAGCUUGAAAAGCAUAGCGGUAAAAUAAAACCGAAGCUCAAGGCGGAGGUAAAGGUGAAAAAUUGGGAGGAUGAUGAAACUGACAUGGUACAGCCCGAAAACGUUCCAGCUGUAGAACCGUUAAUUCAAAAACCUGUCAAGGAGGCGUCGAUCGAACCUGCGGAACAGUCGGAGAAAGAGCCGGAAAGAUCACGACACGAGAAGUCGAAGAAGAAGAAACGGAAAUCUAGUUCGUCGCAGUCGCCGAAUCGUGACAAGGAGUCUAAGCGGCGUAAAUCUCUGGAGUGCAAACAAUGUGCCAAGGCUGCUGCGAAGACUUCCGAGAGCAUUGUCAACCGGUGCAAGUUGACGUCCGCUCAUCUGGCCAUCGAUCAGCUGCGAGUUCUCAUGGCGAUAGGCGGUCUCUUUUAUGCGGGCAGGUUGAGCGCUGUGCGAGCGCCUGACGUUUAUGCCAUAACGUUGGAUGGCGAACGCGGAAACAGACCGCAUAUUCACUCUAGAGAAGAGAUCCUGAAAGACGCGAUCGUGGAGGUAUGUCCGACUUCGACGAAAGAGCUACCACCCGGUACGAGGCUGUGCGCGUAUUGGAGCCAACAGUAUAGAUGUUUGUAUCCGGGAACUUCCGUGAAACCUAUGGUACCUGAUCCGCAACACGACGAGAAAUUCGUCACUGUGGAGUUCGACGAUGGAGACAGCGGUUUAAUUGUCCUGGAUGACAUCAGACUUUUACAACCUAAUUAUCCUGUCGUAGUGUACGAUCCAAAUCCUUUGCUCUCAUUGGGCAAACGACGACGACAAACAUCGACUUCGGAGGACAAGCGUUCCUUAAGCAAUCAGACCGUUUCAAGCAGUCAAAACGUUCCGUCGACAUCUCGGAAUGUAACAGCUAGCAACAGCUUCGCCACGUGUUCCUACGUUUCUAACGUGGAAUUGAUAAACGCCAACGAAUGUGCCGAGGCGGAGACCGAGACAAAUGUCGAGACGAGCAGUACGAGCGGUACGGAGUACCGCAAGAAGAAGCACAUGAAGAAGAUAAAAAAGAAUAGGAAGCUACUCGAGGCACAAGAGGGCAAGAAGAAACACAGAAAACAUAGGUCCUGCAAAGAGCAUCGAAGGCAUAAGCACAGAAAGCAUCGAAAGCACAAACAUAGACAUCAUGGUAGCAUUGGCGACGCGAACAGUGUAAGCAAUGCGGAGAACAGCUGGGAGCAGAGGAAUGAGGAAGAAGCGGUUACAAAUUUGCCGAAUACAAGUAUUCCCGCUGUCGAGGAAACGAGGUUGUCCGAGGAGGAAGAUGAAACCGAGGAAACGUUAGUAACUGCUCAGAAAGACAACGAAACUCAAAUGGAGCUUGAAGAACCGUCAGAGUCAGUUGAAAAGGACGAUAAUGUUCAGACGGUGUCAGAAUCUGCAGAGCCCAUUCAACAGACUCAGGCAGAGUCUGAGAAAGAAGAACCUACCCAGCAGAUAGAAUCUGAAGAACCGUUACAACCUGAUAAAGUUUGCGAAGAGACUCAAGCGGAGUCGGAAAAAUUGUCAGAAGAUGUUCAGACAAAGAACGAGGACGAGGCGCCUGAGGAAUCGCAAGAACCAAUCGAGAAGAAGCCGAAGGUACAGCAGAAGGCGUCGACUAAUCGCGCUUCGACGAAUCGUACCACGGCCAAUCGCACUUGUACGAGCCAAGCCUCAACAAAUUCGGCAGUUCGCGGCACCACGAGCCGCGCCUCGGCGAAUCGCAUGACAAAUCGCACAACGACAAAUCGCGCCUUGACGAGAAACGCUUCGACGGCGCAAGCCACGACGAGUUGCGGCCCCACGAGUCGCGUCUCGAAAACUCGCGUCUCCAAUCCGACAACUGUGCCCGCCAACCCGUCGAAUCCCGUCGAGACUCCCAGCCCGAUAGCACGCAUGUUGCCUAAUAAACGCCAUUGGAAGUGGGCGAGCAGCAGUCGCGUAUCUGGCGGAAACCAAUAUUUCACAGCCAUACAGCGCGGCAGAGAAACGAUAGAGAUAGGCGACAGCGUGUUAUUCUAUUCCUAUCGGAAACCUCACGAGAAACCUUACAUCGGUAAGAUUGUGUCGUUGUGGCUGAACCAGAAAUUAGAGAUGAGAGUCAGAUCCCAAUGGUUCUACCGUCCCGAGGAGCUACAACCGCCUUGCAGCCUAAACCCUCCGGGCGGCCUGUUUGCAUCGAAGCACAGCGAUUCGAACGACGUGCAAACGAUUUCCCAUAAAGUAAUGGUGCUAUCACUUGAAAAGUAUAAUGAGAUACUACAAGCGUCGCACAGACAUCAAAAGGGUUACGAGGAUAACGAUCGUUAUUACUACGACGCCGGCACUUAUACGCAUCCAACGGUAACUUAUGCACCCGGCGUUACGGCUGUUAUAAAUGAAUGAGAACAGCUUAAGCUGACGAUUAAGUUAGCCGGAAUUACUUAAUCGUGGUCAGCUAACAACUUUGCGAAAUUUUCGAUGCGACAACCGUUUAAAAUGAACGGCUCUCUUUUUUUGCGGAGGAAGACAAACUUGGGAAGCUUAUAGUUAAUAUGCUGAUAGAAACGUAGGCGAUACGUUACACGCAAGAGAUGAAAUUGUUUCUCCACGUCCUUAUUACGUCUUUUUAUUGAGAGAGCCUCGCUCAUCAAGUCUACAAGGCACAAGCAUUACUUCACUCGCGAGCUACUUAACAAAACGAUAGUUCUUCAGAAUAAAAAAGAACCUGUUUACCAUCCGAUAGCGUUGGAUUUAUUUUAUCAGAAUCGUGCGAUCUUAAUUUCUACGUUGACUAAUAAGAUAGCAUUAUUUUAUCUAUUUCGUUUUUCCAUCGCAUUUUUUACGAAAAUGCUCUAUCGUCGUGUACGUGACACACGAUUAAAUAUUUCAUCGAUCGGCUCAGAUCGUAAAAAAAAAGCAACAUACUGUCGUUGAACGCCCACGCGACCUAAAAUGAUGUAGAUUGGUGAACUUCGUAGCCUGCAAUUUUUAACCCCCAUAACAGGCAAUACUUGUGCCUUGUUCAAAAAUUCCUCCCAUUGAAAUACGAUCCGACUGCCGUUCGGUUUCUGUGAAUUUCCGAAUUGUAAUUACGCUUACAUUUUGCUAGCAGGAGAGAGAGAGAGAGAGAGAGAGAGAGAGAGAGAGAGAGAGAGAGAGAGAAUGAGAGAGAAUGAGAGAACGCGAGAGAUGGAUCGAUGCAAUAAUCACACUAAGUGGCAUUAGACGCGCGGAAGUGAUCGAGAUAAAAAGUUAUUUGCUGUACAUAUUGUAAAUAUGAUUUUAAGAACGUGUGUCUAACAUUUGCGUGCACACAACUCGUUGAUGUAAAUCGCGUUACAAAAGCGGUAGAUUCAAGUUUAUACAGCUUAAGUUUUAAGUCGUAAGUUAAUGACCCGAGUAACAAUAACGUUUCGAUAUUUAAAUAACAAAAAAAAAACAAAAAGGGAAGUACACACUAUUUUCAUGUUCGGAGAGUCAAAUUUUUUUAACGGUCAAUAAAACGUACGAUAAAUAAUGAUAAUGUAACUUCGCUAAAAGACGAGAUGAAGAUAAAGAUGGUAUUCGAGUCAUUCUUAGGGAUACAGUUUUUAGAGAAUUUCACUCGAUUUGUCGUAGUAGAUCGAUGACGAACACGACACGUCGUGUUUUUACUUCGCUAAUCGAUAUAUCCUCUAAUGCGUUUAUAGAAUAGACAUUUGCAUACUUUGCGAUGCAGUCAGAUGCUUUGACCUGAAAUAUCGCGGAUGUAACGAGCAAUAAAGAAUUAAUCCCAUCAAAGCUCGCAAGAAAAUCAAUUAUUUAAAUAACAAGCUGUUCGCUGAGUUUGAGAUAGCGCCCGAGGGAUAUAUAAAGCUGCUACAACGACAGAAAUAAAAACGUUAACGCCAAAUUCAAUGAGGAAAGAACCAGAUAAAUUUUCCUAAUGAAGGUUAACGAGAUGUGAAAGAUGUUAAAAUGCAAAUUUACGGUGCAUCGGAUAACGUAGCGAUAAGCUUCCGUCAAAACUGUAGUAGAGAUAAAAGAUGACCGCUAUCUCUUUUACUGAGAGAUUAAAAUGAUUCGACGAUAUCAAUUCGUAUUAGAGCUUAUGUAAAUUUGACUCGCACGACUCGGGCCUAAUGAUCGAAAAUGUACUUAUAAAGAGAGCUCGUGACGCGCGACUUAUUGACCCGUUUUAUACUUUGCGAAUAAAAAGAUCAAUUCUAAGUGGAUGUGUAAGAAUGUUUCUUCAACAUAAAACGCAAAGUUAUGAUAUAUCGUUGCUCCCGGAGACGCGCAACAUUAUAUUUAAUCCAAUAUUUAUAGAGUAUGAAUGUUAUUGAACUUAGAGUCGCGUGUCACGUGCUAUCUUUGUUAAAUAAAAAUACCACUCGCUCCUUGUAUAAUUUUCGCUUACGUGUUGAUAUGUCAAUUAGCUUGAUAGUAUUUGUUUUCCCCAUUUCCUGUAAUAAUGCAGAAAGAAAUUCUGAUACGGACGUAGUGAUACGAAACAAGGUGCUAUAUCGAGAGUUAAGUUUUUUUUCAUGAAAAUGAAUAUUUAAUCGAGGAAACUUAAAAAAAAUAUCGUUCUUUUAGUUUUUAAUUUUUAACAACGGACCGGGAAAAUUAGUUUAUUCAAAAGGAUAAUUUUUUAUGACGCCCAUUUAUCUAUUUAAAUGCAAUGCGUUACGUUCAGCAAUGAAUGCGGCAAGUUUGCGUCUUCAGUGGUUAGAGAUACAUAAUCAUCGUAACAUAUUAACCCUUCUCUAAUAUUGUGACAUUUUUUUUAUACAUCGAAGACUAUUAAAAGAAUUGAAUCGUGGUCAACAUUGGUGGGGCAAGCUUGCUCCAUUAAAAAUACGAAACAAAAAAUGUUCGCUAAGUUAAAGAGAACUAAUAAUGUUAAUUAACAUUCACCAGACGAUGUAAAAUUUGACAUUCUUUAUAUAUUAUUAUAUUUAUUCGAGUCGCCCUCGGAGCAUUUGUCAGUUACUUUUGAGAUUACUCGCGUGAGAAUAUACAACCGAGUUAGAGCAGAGUACAAUUUCCCUAAUAAUAAUAAUAAUAGAAUCGCGUUGCAAGACCAACGCUUCGAUCGUAGUUUCCCAUCUUCUCUAUUCCCGGAAUGUUGGAUUUUGCUGAGGUAGAUUAUCGGGAUAGUCAAAACUACAGACUCUUUUAUAGAUAUAAUUUUUAGAAUAUUUUAUGUGAGAACAAAAUUUUGGUGUUAUAGAUACGAUAAACGAUCCUUCGGGCAGUUGAUCGAUUAUCCAGAAAAAGUAAAAUUUAUAUACAAAGUUAACGGAAUCAUAAAUCUUUUUAUCGUGACAGCGUAACAUUUUUACUACGUAAGGUUUACGAGAGAUUUAAACAUUAAUGGACAAUUGUACGAUCGACUUCCCGAAGGAUUGCAGUUUUUCCGAAAAACUAUAACGAUUUCAUCGAAAUUCCGAGAGUGGUCCGGCGAGGUCUUAUCGCAUUUUCUUCAAUGAAACCUGCACAAUACUGAGGAAAUUUUUGAACAUUGCUAGAGCGUAUACUAUAAUACUAGCGUAGAGCCUUUCGAAAAUUGAACUGGUAGGCGUGUGAAGUACAAACUGAAGACACAAUAAAUACGCGCGUGAGUGAUGCGAUAAUCAAGAAACCGAAAAAAAAAGGGAUUAAGAGGUACUUAUAUGCGUAAAAUGGUAAAUUUGUUUUUGUGUAAAUAUACCUAUAGGAUGCUCCGUUGUGUACAUAUGGCGCAUUGAGACUGCGCGGCGUUUCACGCCGCGUCGCUCUCAAAGAUAUUUUUGACGAUCGAAUUGAUCCAUUGUAUAGAACACACGACUCAAUCAUGUAGUAGGUACGUAAAAAUAUAAAUACGUGUGUAUAAUAUAUAGUAUUUUUUCAUGAGGAUCGCAACAAGACGACGACGAGUCGGCCAGGCUUUUUAAAUAUAAAGAAGGAGAUCUGCCGUUGAAGAUGCAUCAGUAAGCUUCCGUGAGUGGUUACUGAAUAUCUAGACAGUGUUGGGCGGACGUAAUCAGGCCUUGUCGAAAGCUUCUAAAGAACGUUAGCCCUAAGAACACCGAGAUCGCACGGCGGCCAGCGGCGCUCGAGCUUUUCAUCUCGACUUUCGUAUCAAUAAAAAUGUCACGGAGUAAACUGUACAAUUAUUUUCUAUCUCGUAAAAAAUAUACGCUUAAAAAUGUGUGGUCGCAGUACGCAUAUUUAGAAGCGUAUACAUCGCGGAUUUGCAUACGGUCGAUACUAUGGCUACUACGUGUCGCCGAGUAACCACCCUUCGCAGUAACUAUAGUCGUCAGAUAAAAAUAAAAAGAUCCUGAAACAGCAGCUGUGCAAAGUGGCCGCCUUUCUCCGCUUGGUAAGAGCAUGUAACCGAUAAGGAGCUCGGUGUUCUCGGGGGGGGGCUAAGCAUGGAUGAUGGUGGUGAAUUAUACGGUACCUUCUCUGCGCAAAGAACGCGCAACGAGUCGCAAUCUUUCUACACGCUUAUAGUAAUAUUAUAGCGCCGUUAUAAUAUUUUAUUAAUUACCAUUAACCGCGACGACAUAGCACUAUGCGAAAUACAUAUUUACGUACAUAUAUAUAUUUCGUAGAGUGCUAUACACACACACACACCCGUUAUAUAUUCUGAAUAUUAUAUAUUUUUACUGUGUAAUUAUAAUAAAUUGCUAUACAAUUACUAAUUCAAUCCUGAACGCGUAAUUCACCCAUACAAGUUAACGAUAAACGGGUCAACAUUCGAUCCGUCCGAAAUUGUCAUGAAAAUGGAAAUCUGUCCAUCAGCUGGUCUGGCUUUUCGACGUGCCACUUUUGGACCACUGCUGCAUCCACGAGCGUUACGAGAUUAGCAUUCGCUUUUCGAGGUUUUUGUAAAUAUGUAUAUUUAGAUCGCAAAUAGAGAGAGAAAGAGAGAGAGAGAGAGAGAGAGAGAGAAAAUUAGAAUGAAAUGUCGAUGUCUUCGAUGUUCGAUCGUUCUUUCUAUACGACGCGAGAUUAAUUCGUCGAUAAAACCCUCCGCUUCUCCCUAUAUCUUUCAGAAAACGGGGAGACAAAUAAAUAUUAAUAAAUCUCUAAAUAUCGAUAUUCCGCGUUCCACUUAUCUCAGAUUUUGCGUGGAAGAGAGCAGUGAUGGGAAUCCAAAUGAUACGAACGUUUUCGAGAAUUUUUUUAUCGCCGACAAAGUAUAAGCAAUACGUAUUCUAGUAAGAAUCGGAGAAUCUGCAUCGAGGAUUGCCUAUCUAGGAUAUAAAAACUGCAAUGAGUUAUGUUCUACACGUGAUAUUAUUAAUGUAUUUUAAUUUCGCGAUGACUCCUAUUUCACUGAUUGUGAACAGUAAAACUCGUGUGAUCGUGCAAGUUUUGAGAAUUACAAUAUGCAAUUCGUGCUUUAUCCCAUUACUUUUUAAUGUCUUUUAUAAUUUUCUACUUUUAAAAAAGCAAAUUCCUGAAUUUUUACACACGUAUAUCCUUUCAAUAUUUUUGUUUGCAAAAAACAAUUUUUGUACACAUUUACCGGAGUAUUUCCUUCGGUAAAUAAGAGCAAAGAAAUUUCGCUCCCCUUUAUUCAUACGACUCAAUUAUCGCUCGAACUUUCUGGCCAAGGUUGCUGGAACAGGGAGUGCAUCCGUUCCGAGCAAGUCUGAUUUAUCUGGCACGUAGCUGACCGAAGUUUGCACAUACACGUCUUGCUCCGUAAACGAACUUCGAGAUUAAGUCUUUUCGUUCACGUUCUACCAAUCAAUAGAUAGGCGGUAAGUAUUUCGAAAAUUUUCCUCAAUUUUAUAUCCUCCCGUUAAAUACGCGAUUAAUUGAAUUCCCAUCACUGGCUAGUCGUCCAGCAACAGCGGCAACGGCAGCAGCAGUAGCAGUAACAGCAGCAGCAGAAGCAGCAUCUUGUAUAAACACGAAUUUUACGGUAGAACGGAAAGGCGAAUGAAUUUUAAUAACACGCCACGGAAUAAAAGGAAGAAAACGACGAAUCGAUUCGAAGUGGCUUUAUUUUUCGCGCACACGCGCGCGCGAGGAGACAAAGACGGCAUUUUAGAUCUAUAAAAAGAUUUCAGAUUGAUUAUAUUUUUAAAAGUAACACGUUUGAUAUAUAACAAAAGGUAUUUCGAGCGACACAUGCAAAACUUUCAGUGGAGAUGCGAAAAAAGAUAAAAGGAGAGAGAAAGACGUGAAGGAGCAACGUGUCUCCUCCUAUCUUGUACUUUCAGAAACGUGCCUGUAUGUGGGCGGUUUGAUAGUCACUAAGGACGACGUGUGUCGAGAUAAGAAUUUAGGACGCGAGAUUUCUUCUAUUUGUGCGCUUCUAGGGACGAGAGACACGUAGUUAUCGUGUACCGAUUGUCUUUAAUAUUAAUGACCGAUUAAUUUGUUCGCUACUCAUCAAUUCACUCGCUAUUCCGAAUCUAUGGUCGUGAUAACGCACAUGAGAUGCAAAGAUAUACGCAUACAGACACAUGCAUAAACAGAUUUGUACAUACACCUGUAUGAUUAAUUAUAAGAUUGUAGAGAGGUCAGGUGACUUUCGACUGGAGAAUUUGGUUAAGAGCGAGACUAAUGUCACACGCAGACACACUCUUCUUUAUUUCUGUCAUAUCGAUAUUUGGUCGAUAAUAAAGUACAUAUUAGACAAGAGAA